AUGGCCAGCUCCGUGCUCUUGGCAGGCGCAAAUGGCUCGCUCGCCAUGCCAGCCAUCCAACAUCUUUUAUCCACCUAUCCUACUAUAUCCGCCAUCUUAGCGGUGCGUAAUACUUCUGCCUCGGAUCCAAAUACUCGUCGUCUACUUGAAAUUAUUGCCCCAUUCAAGGACCGUGUGUCUCUCCGGUCUCUUGACCUAGCCGACCUGUCCUCUGUCCACAGCUUUGCCAAUUCGUUGGCCGCAGAGAUUGCCUCGGGCGCUGUUCCUGCAUUGGCCAGCAUUAUAUGCAACGCCUUUUACUGGAACCUAGCUAGCCUGCCCGAACUAACUAGCGAUGGGUUUGAGAAGACCUUCCAGAUCAAUCAUCUUGCCCAUGCGGCGCUCAUUCUGCGUCUACUAGGCUCCUGUACCGCUAAUGCCCGAAUCCUCGUUUUGGCCAGUGAUGCUCACUACCCCGGUAAGAAUUCGCUUGAAAAGUAUCCUCCGGCUUUACCGGAGGUGAAUGGGCAGAACGACCAAGGUGACUUCGACAUCCUCAUUUAUCCAGAGACCAAGACAAAGAAUGAUCCCAUGGGCUACGGGUUCCAACGCUAUGCUAAUUCCAAACUCGCCAUCGUCGCCUGGAUGUACGCGCUCAAUCGUCGCCUAUACAUCGCCACAACAAACGUAGCCGGCGACAACAACCACCGUCAGUUGAAGGAGGGCAUCACCGCCAUCGCAGUUAACCCGGGGAACCUCGGUGACUCGCGAGCAUUGCGCUCGAAUACGCCAACCAGCCUUCGGGUUAUGUCGCGGGUGAUCAUCAAACCCUUGAGCCCGUUGUUGCGGAUAAUGGUGGAUCCAACUAUGCGGACUGCAAAAGAUGCUGGAGUGGAUGUGAUCGAGCUGGCAGUUGGGAAGGAGUAUGCACAUGCGGAGGGAUAUUUUACGAUGCGAAAGAAGGAUGAAAGUUCGGUGGAGAGUAAAGAUGAGAUGAAACAGGAGGCUUUGUGGACCAAGACCUUACAUAAGAACAUGAUGAUGGUUAGUAAUCAAGACGAAAGGCCCAGCCGAUGCAGCGACCUACCAAGAUAUCCAUUGACAUGGACAGCGUGCCUCCAAACGGAACCCACCACGCCUAAAAGCCUUGUCCGUCUCUUGGCCCGAUAUCAGAAACCGGAUUGGAUAUCCUUCGCCAUCUUCCGCGGAGGUAGCGGGAGGAUACAAGCGAUGAUUCACCCAGGGUUUGAUGCAGGUCUCGCCAUCGGUUGCAGUCAGGGUACGAACUUCGCUGCCCUUGAGGAGAGCAGCGGGCCAGAAACGAGGGUAGAAUAUGACUUCGAAGGCGAAGGCGCGCGGGGGAUUGGUAUUAUCGCGGUUGGUCGACCAUGGCGGUACCAAGUAACCCAGAUAGACGUACGCUAUAAUGGUGCGAUUAGCCUUAACGGCCAUCUUUUCGAUUCUGAUUCUUUUGUUAAAUACUUACUGAGAGACAAAUUAUACCACGAUUCUUUCUUCCUCUUGCAACUCGGCGCUCCGUCAUAUUUGGCCAAGCGAUCGAAAAAUAUGAACUCGGACAAUCAGCCUACCACUCCUCCAUCCCAGUCGCACGACUCGCCGCCGCAAAUCAGCCCACAUGAGCACGAUGUUCCUCCCGAGGGUGACUAUGGAUGGAUGUGCGUUGCGUCUACGUUUUGGAUCAACGCUCAUACAUGGGGGAUCAAUAGUGUAAGAAUAUCUUUGCAUAUGACAAUCAAUCUGAUUAUUGCCCUAGCUUCUGCUUUAAUUGCGUCUUCUGUUGCUCAUUUCUGGUUGACUAAAACGUCCUUCAGCGUAUUUAUUGCAUACUACCUAAGCCAUGAUCUAUUCCCUGGCACAAGUAGUCUGGAAUAUGCCUUUGUUGGCGGUCUCAGCAUGUCUUGCGCACUGUUGGUUGCACCUCUAGCGACUGCAGUCAUGGGUAGACUCGGUACUCGAGCAACCCUCAAGCUCUGUGUUUUGGUCUGGGAAUGGGAUUUCUUUUCGUUGGAACUAGUGGUAUCCUUGCUCAAUGGUUUCGACGCAAACGCAGCCUUGCAAAUGGCAUUACUACGACAAGGUUUUAUGCUUGAGAGAAUCGGCCUUCGUUGGACAUUCCGAGCGUUGGGAAUCAUAUGCCUUACCAUGAUCGUCACCGCAGCCAAUCUACUUCGAGACAGACUCUUCUAG